AUGAUGGAAGAGGUGUCCACGAUUAUGGCCUAUGAUGCCCACGUUAUGGAACAGAUGAGCGAAGAGGAGAUCUUGGCCUGCUUGGUGGGUGAAACAGGAUCUAUAUUCACAAUCCCAGCGACGGAGGUUAAACUGGGGGAAAGCCGGCUUCAAUUAAUGGAUGAUGAUGAGCCUUUGGACAAAUACCUGAGGGAGAACCAUCGGCUGCAGCAGGCCAACCUCCGUCUGGAGCAAGAAAACGACAACCUCGCUCACAGACUGAUCAGCAGCAAGGUCGCCUUGAGGAAUACUCUGGACAAGGCGGAGGACAGAGUGGACGACCUCACCAAAGACCUUUUUCAGACCAGACAUCGACUGCAGGCUACAGAAGAGGAGAAAAUAGGGAAAGACGAGGAAGCUGCCGUGUCGAAGAAGGUGUUUCGGAGAGAGCUGGAGAAGGCUGAGCACGAAGUCAGAAGGUCGUCGGGUGUCAUUGCGGACUACAAACAGAUCUGCUCUCAGCUGGCAAAGCAGCUGGAGAGGCAGCAGGCCGCCCACAGAGAAGAGUUAGAUUCACUCAAGAGUGCAGUGAAGGCUUGUUCACGCUGCCGUCACGUUGUGGAAUCAGAUGAGCCAUCUGCCACAGCUCAGAAGUCUCCAACAGCAGCAGCAAUAGAAGGCCGAGGGAUGACAGAACCGGGCCGAGAAGAGAACGACGAAGGUCCCAAAAGUGCACGGCAGAGGAGAGACGACCAGCAGAAGGAGUCCCUCAGGGUCCAGAUCAGGGAGCUGGAGCAGGAGUUGGCCAAGACCAAACUCCAGAUGGUGGAGGCCAAGUGCAAGAUCCAGGAGCUGGAGCACCAGAAAGGAAUCAUGGCCAACGAUCUUCAGGAAGCAAAGAACAAUUGGAUCAGCAAGGCCUUCACCUCCCUGCGGACCUCCAGCGAAGAGGGACUUCACAGUAUUAGCAUACCCAGACACGAAGCUCCAACAGUGGGCUGGAAACUCCAGAGAGGCUCCCUCUCUGGAUGGAGCACCAAGAUGCUGUCGAAGCCUCACAGAGACAAUCGAGAAAACGUCUGA